UUCUCCACGCCCUUUUCUCGCUGCUCAAAAUAGGAGAAGAGUUGGAGCCCCUUGUGGGUUCUUAGGCUGUGGAGUGUUCGACCCGGGAGGUGCUUGAGGUGGGUUAUUCGUGUGUUGUGAUUUGUGGCAGGGCUGUGUGCACAUGCAAGGAGACCAAAAAUCUGAAAUCAUGUCUGAAAAGCCCAAGCUGUACUACUUUGAUGGAAGAGGCAAAAUGGAGCCAAUAAGAUGGCUGUUGGCAGCAGCUGGUGUGGAGUUUGAAGAGGAAUUUUUGGAGACAAGAGAGCAAUAUGAGAAGCUUCUUCAAGAUGGGUCCCUCCUCUUCCAGCAAGUGCCCAUGGUGGAAAUUGAUGGGAUGAAGAUGGUGCAGACACGAGCCAUCCUCCACUAUAUUGCAGCAAAAUACAACCUCUGUGGGAAGGACCUGAAGGAGAGAGCACUGAUUGACACGUAUGUGGAAGGAAUAGCUGAUCUAAUGCAGUUUAUUCUGAUGUUCCCUUUCUUAUCGCCUGAGGAUAAGGAGAAGCAGCUUGCCACCAUCACUGAGAAAGCAACAAAGAGAUACUUCCCCGUCUAUGAGAAGGUACUGAAAGAUCAUGGACAAGAUUUUCUUGUUGGCAACCAAUUCAGCUGGGCAGACAUACAACUGAUUGAAGCUAUUUUAGCAGUAGAAGAAAAAUCCUCCAGUAUUCUGGCAGAGUUCCCACAGCUGCAGGCUUUUAAAGCAAGGAUCAGCAACAUUCCCACAAUUAAGAAGUUUCUGGAACCAGGAAGCCAGAGGAAACCUGUACCAGGUGAUAAAUAUGUGGAAACUGUGAGAAGAGUACUCCAGAUGUAUCAUGAAGUGAAACCAAAUUAGGGGGGCUAAGUGAAGUCGUCCAUCCGAGCCACAAGUAUUGGUGCCUAAUCAUGAAUGCUGUGAGAGGCUUUUGUGCCAUAAAACAUGUGCUGUUACAUUAAUUACUGGUGAAAGCAGGUAGAUGUGAAUAGUAAUCCCUAGCAAAAUAACACUAUACAAGAACUUGAUUAUGAGCAGCUGUUUUGACUUUUCUUCCUACACUUAUUUUAAAAGUCAUAUUUACUCUGUGUAUUCUGUUUUGGUAAAGUUUUUUUCCAGCUAGGUAGAUGAAACAAACUUUAAAGAGGAGAUCAGAUAACUGUUCUGUCAACAGAAGCAGUUUACUGGAAAAAAUGUCUGGAAUUGAAAAGUUCUGUGUUUCAGACAAGCUUUACUUACUGGUAGUUGUAAGCUCAGACAGAAAUCUUACAUUUUUGGGGAAGAAGAUAUUAGAAGUGACAAUUAUUUGCAAGCAAAUCCCUAUCUGAAAUUGGAAUAUGCUUAUGAGUAAACUUAAACUGCCAGGCAUCUGAUAUCUAUCAGCAAAACUUUUGUUUAUAUCCUAUUAUCAUACACAAGUUAAUAUCUAUUUGUAAUAUCAGUUGUGCAGAAUUGUUUUCCUGUACUGACUACUGCUAUCACAACGUAGAAGACUUUAUUUCUGCUCCUAAUAAACUAUUUUUACUCUG